GCCUCGCUUCCUCUCUCUUUCCCUCCAUCCUUUUUCCUGCACCGUCGGCAGUGAUCCAUAGCUGUGAGCCAUCUCUCUCAUUUGACUUCUUCUUUUUUUUAUUUUUAAAGAAUCAUGUCUGCCGAACCUAAUGCCGCCUGGCCCCUGGCCGAUGAGGCUCUCACCCAGCAGCUCCUGGACCUGGUGCAGCAGGCUUCGCACUACCGCCAGCUGAAGAAGGGUGCGAACGAGGCCACCAAGACCCUCAAUCGCGGUACUGCCGAGCUGGUCAUCCUCGCGGCCGACACCACCCCUCUGGCCAUUCUGCUCCACAUCCCUCUCCUGUGUGAGGACAAGAACACCAGCUACAUCUUCGUCCCCAGCAAGCUCGCCCUGGGUCGCGCCACUGGUGUCUCUCGUCCUGUGAUCGCUGCUAGCAUCACCACCAACGAGGCUUCUGACCUGAUGGGACAGAUCCGUACCCUGAAGGAUAAGGUUGAGCGCAUGAUGAUCUAAGCAUGGGUUUGAGGUAUGGAUUGGGGGGUGAUAUAGACGGAUAAUGAAGAAAAUAAAAUAAAAAAUAAAAAAUUUACAUACUUUUUUUUUGGUCGGUUUUUCUCCACGACAACAGAAGUUGGAUUCCGAAAAUACUUUUGGACGGUGUUGGGGACUUGGAGAACUGAUGGAGUUACGUUGAUGUCCAUAUAUGAGAUAGGAUUAGACCGUAUGUCAGCCAAAUACCUUGAUCUUCUCCC